AUGCAGACGCGGCGAGGCAUCCUCUCUGAGGCGAUACGCACUGCCGGGUUUCCGUACCUGCACGAAGUGCGAGGCCAUCGCUCGUGUAUUAAUGCGCUUGCCUUUUCGCGGGGCUCGGGCCAGUGGUUGGCGAGCGGUGGCGACGACAUGCGGAUCCAUGUGCGCGAUCUCUUUGACUAUGACCCCCAGCGCCCUGGUACGGCAGAGUCUAGCACGUACCGCACGCAUGCGCGGCUUCUUGGGCACACGUCCAACAUCUUUUCGCUGUCGUGGAGCUGCGGGAAUCGGCACCUCUUUUCUGGCGGGAACGACCAGCAGGUGCUGUGCUACGACCUGAACUAUGGCGACGCGCCCGCGUACACAAUCCGCACGAAUGCCGAGCGGCGCUUCUCGGAUGCCGUCGUAUCGUCCCACGAGGCCGGGAUUCGCGAAGUAUCGGCGCAUCCCACGAACCCGAAUCUCCUGUUAAGCUCGAGCGACUGCGGCGAGCUGUUCCUCGUCGACCUGCGGCUGCCCGAUACGCACGUCGCGGCGUUUGGCUACUUCCCGGCCCAGCUCGCAUCGGCGCAGUGGAAUCCAAACGAGAGCGACGGGCGCACGUUUGCCGUUGCGACCGUGUGCGAGCCGAAUGCCGGUGUUGCGCUAUUUGACACGCGCAAGGUGUUCCGCGAGCAGAGUUCCUAUGUCGACAUUGACGACUCGCUCGUGCGCUAUGCGUCUGAGCUGUGCAUCAAGCGCCCCCCGCACGGUGCUGCCGUGCGCCGCAUGGAGACGACCGGCGCACAAUUUGAUCCCAGCGGCCGCUUCCUCGUCGCCGACGUGUCGCUCUUCCACCCCGUGCUCUAUGCAGUGGGCAGCCCUGAGCCGCUGGCGACCAUGUCGUCGCUCGAGCGCUAUCCCCACAUGAAUCCGUGCCUGUCGCACCCCCCCCAUUCGACGCUCGACAAGUACGCCGGCUACCGCAACUCGUGCACGGUCAAGCGCGGCUCGUUUGGGUUCGAGUCGCAGACGGGGCACCUGUACUACGUGACCGGUUCGGACGACUUCCGGGCGUAUGGCUGGCGCAUCCCCCACACCGAGACGCUGCUUGCGCAGCGCGAGGCGAUGCCCGCCACCGACUGGCUCGCGCACUCGACCAAAGGCACGGACCAAGUGUGGUUCCGCACCGAUGCGAGCCGCGACGUGCCGACGAUGGUCAAGCCGCCCGACCUCUAUGCGCCGUCAUUUACGCUCGAAGGCUCGCGUUCGAUUGUGAACAGUGCACUGUGCCAUCCGACCCUUCCUAUGGUUGCCACGGCCGGCAUCGAGCGCGUGGUGCGCCUGCACUAUUCGACGCCUGCGUCGAUCGAGCAUACGCUCGACGACUACCUUGCGAAUCGCCCAAGCACCCGCUCCCGCAUGCGCGCUAUGAAUACGGCCGCUGUCGUGCGUGCGAUACGGAGAAAUCACGGGCGGCUCGACUCGGAUUCCGAUUCAGACUCUGCCGAGGCGACCGACCGUGCCGAGGAGCAUCUCGCAGCGCACUAUGAGCCGGACGGCGUACCCCGCCCCCCCACUGCCGCGGAGCUCGCCGACGAAGAAGCCAUCGCCCUUUUCGACGAGCUCCUGCGCGAAGAAGAAUCGCGCACGCUCUUCUCCAGCGACCGCUACCUGGACCUCUCGGACGACUCCGAGGCGGACACCACCUCCACUUCGUCGGACGAAUAG